GGAUUGCUAUGUAGCCAUGGAUUGCAGUGUUUGGCUGGUGGUUCUUUGGGAUUUUGGGAUGAUCCUUCAUAUCUACAAUGUGGCCCCACAAACAUGCAAUUUACGCUUCCUUUCUUGCUCAAUGAUUCAGCCUUUGUGUUGACAGCAAUAGAUAACAAAGGAAAGUCUCAUGAUCUCUUCAACAGUUCUGCUUGUAGAUCCUGGGUAGGACAGAAACCUGAUGGCUCUGUGGUUGUUGGUGCUGCAUAUGAUGGGUGUUAUGUAAGCAAGAAGGAUGAAGACUACGUGAUGACUAUAAGCCUGGAGGAAGUAACUAAUGGAUUGGUUCAAUACCAUAAAAAGGACCUCAAGUGCCCGAUCCUGCCAGCUAUGGAUGCUCCCAGCCCUAGUGUGUGUUCUGCCAUCGAGCGAGAAGACAGACUGCCUUGUGGUACUACUCCUGUGAGCAGAGACCUUUGUGACCGGCUUGGGUGUUGCUUUAAUCCCAGUGAUCCUGCAGUUCCCUGUUUUUAUGGAAAUAAACUGACUGCACAGUGCACGGAUGACAGCUUCCUUGUAGCCCUAUCUAAAGAGCUAACCAUGCCAUCCUUGGUCUUGGAUUCUGUCCGGGUGGUCAAUGUGGAAACCGCUUCCUGUCCCAAACUCAAUGUCUUGAAGAGUAAUAUGUUCAUAGUGUUCAAGUUUCCCUUGGCUUGCAGCAGCACAAAUCGGGUAGAUGGCCCAGUAACUUAUGAGAACACUAUUGAGGCAAAGAAAAGCAUAUUAACAUGGAGAGGUACUUCUAUCACAAGGGACAGUGUAAUGAGGGUAACGGUGAGAUGUGGCUAUUCGACAAAUGCUGUCCUUCCACUGCAAGUAGAGACAUUAACUCUCCCCCCACCACCUUCUAUAUCUACUACAGGACCCCUGAUCCUGGAGAUGAGAAUUGCUCAAGACCUGGAUUAUCUUUCAUAUUACACUGAUGGCGACUACCCAGUACAGAAAGUGCUAAGAGAUCCAGUUUACUUGGAAGUCCGGAUUCUUCAGAGAACAGAUCCGAAUCUGGUCCUAGUUUUAAAUAACUGCUGGGCCAAUCCAGCUAUGGAUUCCACACAGCAACCUCAAUGGCCCAUCUUGGUGGAUGGCUGCCCCUUCUCAAGAGACAACUACCUCACCCAACUAGUGCCAAUUGGUGCUUCAUCACUGAAUGUGCCUCUCCCAUCCCACUAUCAGCGCUUCAUGAUUAGCACCUUCACGUUUGUGGAUGAAAGAACCCAGAUUGCCCUGGGUGGACUGGUCUACUUCCACUGCAGUGCCUCAGUGUGCGUCCCAUCACCCUUUGAUUCAUGCAGAACUACUUGUGCGGCAAGGAGAAAGAGACAGUCUUUGAUGCUGAGUUAUGAGGACUCCACUAUUGUAACAUCUGAUGGACCAGUUUUCUUCUCUGGAGAAGAGUCCUUCGAAAGCCUAAGUGGUGCUGAGAUUGUGAAACUAAAAUCCCUGGAAAGAGACUUCAAUGUUGAAAAGUCUCUUUCAGACUGGGAAGAAAUUCUUUCUUUUGGAAUAGACUCCAUUACCAUGAGUGAAGGCUUGUUUGAUGAUGAAAUUGUGGAACACAUUGCUGUAAAUGAAGACUUUUUGCGAUCUACCUCGGAUGAGAAUGUGGCAGUGGAAGGAUGCUUUGGUGCGGUCGCUGAAGAUCUGGAAAUGAUCAUGGAUGUUGGAAAAGAAGCUUCUGGGGUAGAAACUGCCUUCAAUGGCACUGAAAAAGUAGAACCUGUAACCAGAGGUUUUAUUGCUGAAAGAGUAGUACCUACAAAUGUGCAACCUGUUGAAGGUUCUGAUGCCCCUCACUCAACAAUCUUGAUGUGGUUACGAGGAACAGCUGCUGUAGGAGGCAUCUUGGUGGUUCUUCUAGCUCUGUUUGGUAUCUGGAGCCGUCACAGAAGCCAAAGUCCCAGAAUGCACUCUGUGAAAGUCUAA